AUGACGCACUUGCCAGACGGGACGUUUCAGCUCCGCACCUCUCUCGUCUCGGUUGCCUUUCCGCGCAGCCUCGCCUCCAUCGGCGACGGCGCCUUCUACCGUUGCACCUCGCUCGUCUCCGUCGACCUCCCCGCCAGCCUCACCUCCAUCCGCCCCCAUGCUUUCCGCGGCUGCUCCUCCCUCGCCCACGUCGCCUUCCCCGCCGGCCUCACCUCCAUCGGCGACAACGCCUACAAUGGUUGCACCUCUCUCGCCUCCGUCACCUUCCCUGCCGGUCUCACCUCCAUCGGAGUCUACGCCUUCUGCGCCUGCCCCUCCAUGACCCGCGUCACCGUGCCAACCACCCUCACCUCCAUCGGCCACGGCGCCUUCCGCGACUGCCCGCUCACCCGCGUCACCGUGCCAGACACCGCAACCGUCGGCUACGCCGCCUUCCCGCCCGCCACCACCGUUCUCCGCCUCCCUCCCAAGAGGAUGCGCGACCUGCAGCGCUGGUACGAGGCGGUGGCCGGGGCUCUGGCCUACAAGCGCUGCCGCCCCGGCCUUGUCCUCUGGCUGGAGCGAGCCAACAUCAGGCUCGGCUCUUACGGCCCGGGCGGCGCGGCGCGCCAGCGCGACCUCGAGGAGUUCGAGGGCGAUUUUGCGCCGCUUGUAGAGUGA